UCUAAAUUUAAAACUCUCGUUAAUUCGCACAAGCCAGACAGAGAGAGAUUAGACAUCAACCGGUGAAGUUGGAAGAUGUACGAACCGGCGAACGUCUCUGACGACGCUACGGCUUUCCGGGGAGCUGAGAAAAAAUACAAACUUUACUAUGAACAGCAUUCUAAAUUCACUAGAAAGAAGAAGCUCCCAAAGCCGAUUGAUUUGUCUGAAUUGCUCGAUUUCGAUUUGAUUCGACAAGGUUUCAACAAAACUGGUGUUUUGCCUGACGGGAUUAGGGUUAUCGAAGCUGUUGAUUCUUCCCCAGUCUUCUGCAUCGAGGAUCGACCCGGUUUUUACUUUAUCUCUGGUGCAUUGAGUUUGGAGGAGCAAUGCAAAUGGAUCAAAGAGAGCUUGACGACUUUUCCUCAGCCUCCUAAUAGAACAAACCACAAUGCGAUUUAUGGUCCUAUUGCUGAUUUGUUUGAUUCCGCUAAAGAAAACAAGGUGUUGGUUCAAGAGGAUCUUCCUACCAACAACAUAUGGAAGUUUUAUGAAGAAGAAGAAGGUAUUGCAAAAGCAAAAGAUAGAAGUUGCAAAACAGUUUCAGCUUCAGUUCUUUUGAGGAAGCUUCGUUGGAGCACCCUCGGUCUACAGUUUGAUUGGUCCAAGCGUAACUAUGAUGUUUCUCUCCCUCAUAAUGACAUCCCUGAUACACUCUGUCAACUAGCUAAGACACAUGCCGCCAUUGCAAUGCCUGCUGGGGAGGAAUUUCGUCCAGAGGGUGCCAUUGUAAACUAUUUUGGUUUAGGUGAUACCCUUGGAGGCCACCUUGAUGACAUGGAAGCUGACUGGAGUAAACCCAUUGUAAGCAUGAGCCUUGGAUGUAAAGCUAUUUUCCUCUUAGGCGGGAAAUCAAAAGAGGAUCCUCCUCAUGCUAUGUAUCUCAGAAGUGGAGAUGUUGUACUAAUGGCUAAAGAGGCCAGAGAAUGCUACCACGGCGUGCCCCGUAUCUUUACGGACGAAGAAAAUGCGGAAAUUGGCGCCCUUGAAUCAGAACUGUCACGUGAAAGUGGAAGUUAUGGAAGUUAUUUCGCAGAGUACAUCAAAACUUCGAGGAUCAACAUUAACAUCAGGCAAGUUUUCUGAGUUGCCUGAAUGCUCCCGGUGGUCUAUAAGAGCAUCUGUAUUAGCAUCGAGCGAAAAGAUUUGAGAAGCAUCCCUUUGUUAUGUUGCGCUGUUUUGGUUUCGUAUCCCCUUUAGGAUCAUAGAAUCUCUUGAUUAUGUAAGAUAUGAGUGGAACUGGGGUAGUUCAUACAAAAGCAGAUUUGAUUUUGCUGAAAUUUUGAGGCUUUAGACCGUUAUUGAUAGCAUUUUUAUAAUUACAAAAAGCAAACAUCAUUUUUCAGAUGGCAUAUAUUGUACAUA